AGAGUAAAGGGGGGAUAAAGGGUGAGGGAAAGAGACUUGAUUUGGGGUAGUGAACACAAUACAAUAUAUAGAUGAUGUAUUACAGAAUUAUACACCUGAAACCUAUAUAAUUUUAUUAACAAAUAUCACCCAAUAAAUUCACUAAAAUAAGUAAAUAAAGUAGGGGAGUGAUUUGAGUGGUCAGAGCAAGUGACAAUCUUUAAAACAUGAAAUAGGCUGAGUGGACCCAUGCCAGAGGAAGUUGCAGCCUCAAACCAUUACCCAGCCUCCUUACCCUUGGGCUGUGAGCACUGAAGGGGGCUGUACAGUAUAGAAAAAUAAAUAAAUGAAUAAAUAAAUAAAAAUAAAACAUGAAAUAGGAAGAAAUAAACUAACUCAUUUUCACAUUGAAAUUGUAGAGAACAUUGCAUCAGGUUUGUUUGUUUUUCAGUCUUCCAUGACUGAUACUUUUUGUAAGUAAGAUUUUGGGUGUGUUUUUUGUUUGUUUCUUAAUUCUCACCCGAGGAUAUUUUUUCCAUUGAUUUUUAGAGAUAAUGGAAGGGAGGAAGGAUGAAAGAGAGAAACAUCCAUAUGACUCACAUCAAGUGGUUGCCUCCCACACAUGGGGAUCAAACCUGCAACCCAGGUACAUGCCCUAGACUGGGAAUCGAACCCAUAACCCUUUGGCUUCAGUGCACAGGCCUUCUCUCUGACCACUGAGCACACCAGCCAGGCGGCAUCAGUGUUGUUUUUAAGAUGGAAAAAUAAUCUGUAGAAAACCUGCUUAACCAAGAAAAACACUGUUACCAAUGCAACAGUUUCAGUAAACUACAGGUAAAAUAGGCCAAAAGUUAAACCAGCUUGAGAAAAUUUAUCAGAACUCAGAGGGAAAUAUAAUAGAUAAAAACUAUUAGAGGUAAGGACAGAAGAUAUAGAGAAUAGAUCCAUAAAACUAAUAAUCAAAUAUGAGCUCCAGAAGGUGAUAACAGAACUGACUGAGGAGAAACAAUAAUACAAGAAAAUUUACUAAGUUGAUGGAAAAAUUUGAAUUUAAGAUUUAAAUUUAACCCUCAGAUUUAAAGGGCUCAUGAAGUACCAGGUAAAAAUAAGUGAAAAGACAACUGUAUUUAGACCUAUAUCAAAUUUCAUGCACUGGGCCUCUAGUGUGAGUAAUAAAACAACAAAGCAAAUUUGGAUAGUGGGGGAGAGAGAAAUUCAGUUUCUAAAAACAAAUAUUACACAGGUCAUCAUUGCUGAGCGCAAAGUAUUAAAAUGAGUAAUGAAUAAUCACAAACUUAAAAAUUCUAAUCACUUGGAAUUUUUUUAAAAACACCAAUUUUGAAUAACUCAGGUCAAAAAUAUAAAACUAAUACCAUGGAUUCUUUAAAAAUUAAGGUUUCUGUAGGUGGAGAAAGGUAUAGGGGCAAUAAAUGGUAAUGGACAGGCACUUGACUUGAGGUGGUAAACAUAUACUACCAUGUACAGAGGAUGUGCUGUAGAAUUGUGCACCUGAAACCUGUAUUAUUUUGUUAACAAGUGUCACCCCAGUAAAUUCAAUAAAAAAGAAAAAAGUUAAUGAAAAUAUUGCACCCAAAACCUAUGGUAUAUUAUUAAAGCAAUACUCAGGGAAAUUUGUAACCUGUGCUUUUAUUAUUAAUUUUUAAACAAUAGAAAUUAAGAGGAAAAUAGAGGAAUAAAGAUAAAAUCAGAAAUUAAUAAGGGAAAAAGAACAGUACUUGUUAAAAAAAAAUUUAAGAUCUCAUUUUUUAGAAACAAAUUAGACAUUAAAAUAGACACAUUUCUGGAGGGGAAAAAAAGAAACCUAAAGAACCUCCUUUUGGAAGUCUCAUAAGUAAUUCAAACUUAGCUCAUCAAAUCACUGAUUUUCUCUAAAAUACUUGUUCCUUCGUCAGUCUUAUAUCUUAAUAAAUUAUACCACCAUCUAAGUCAAAACCCUGGAGUUAUCCUUGUCUCCCUCAUUCCCCACCUUCAAACCAAUAUCAGGAUAUGUCUCUUCUAUCUCUGUAGUGGACAUCUAUGGAAUUCACCACCUCAACAUUCUCCCCUUUUCUCUUGAAAACUCCCUCACUCUCAGAAGUAUUUUCUCUUUGUCCUUUUGUUUCUUUCCUUUUUUUCUUCUCCCUUCAUUUGCUCCUGUUUUUCCCACAGGUACAGAAAUUUAAGGCAAUCAUACUAUUUGGUUCACAUUACCAUCAAGGCCUUUCUUAUCUUUUCCCCAUUCCAAUUACUACUCAUGUCCCUACCCUCCUCACUUAGGUCAUCGCUCUAAUAUGUUUGAAAUAUGUCCUUGGAUAUAUCUAUGUCUUUUAAUAAUAUAUAGUGUCUUAUGUAUGUAUAUGUUUUAAAUGUACAUAAUUGACAUCAUGUUAUAGAAAUCAUUCUGUUUCUUUUUCAUGUUUCUGUGAAUACUUCUGAUGCGUAAUAUUGUCUUAAAUACCCUCACACCCUUGGCCACUGGUCCUGGGCCAAGAUGGGCCAAUCAGAGUCCUUACCCAGAAUUUUUUUUAACUGAAACUGAGAAAGAAAAUUCCUCUCCAGUGUGGAAGCCAUAAAAUGUAAAACACAGGAGCUGUCGGCAGCCACGCGUCCUGCCAUGUGGAACUGGUCUGCGACAAAAAAGAAUGAAGCUAACAUGCAGAAAGCAGCAGAGAACAAUGUGUGCUCAGUACUGCAUCUCCUUUGCUGAUGUUGAAAAAGCUCAUAUCAACAUUCGAGAUUUUAUCCACCUCACACCAGUGCUAACAAGCUCCAUUUUGAAUCAAGUAACAGGGCGCAAUCUUUACUUCAAAUGUGAACUCUUCCAGAAAACUGGAUCUUUUAAGGUUCGUGGUGCCCUUAAUGCAAUCAGAGGUUUGAUUCCUAUCCCUUCUGAAAAGCCCAAAGCUGUUGUUACUUACAGCAGUGGAAAUCACGGCCAGGCUCUCGCCUAUGCUGCCCAAUUGGAAGGAAUUCCUGCUUAUAUUGUGGUACCCCAAACAGCUCCCAACUGUAAAAAACUGGCAAUACAAGCCUAUGGAGCCUCUAUAGUCUACAGUGAACAGAGCGACGAGUCCAGAGAAAAUAUUACCAAAAGAAUUAUAGAAGAAACAGAAGGCAUCAUGGUACAUCCCAAUCAAGAACCUGCAGUGAUGGCUGGGCAAGGGACAAUUGCCAUGGAAGUGCUGAACCAGGUUCCUUUGGUAGAUGCACUGGUGGUACCUGUAGGAGGAGGAGGAAUGAUUGCUGGAAUAGCAAUUACAGUUAAGGCUUUGAGACCUACUGUGAAGGUAUAUGCUGCUGAACCCUUGAAUGCAGAUGACUGCUACAAGUCCAAACUGAAAGGGGAACUGACCCCCAAUCCCUGUCCUCCAGAAACCAUAGCAGAUGGUGUCAAAUCCAGCAUUGGCCUAAACACCUGGCCUGUUAUAAGGGACCUUGUGGAUGAUGUCUUCACUGUCACAGAGGAUGAAAUUAAGUAUGCAACCCAGCUGGUAUGGGAGAGGAUGAAACUGCUUAUUGAACCUACAGCUGCUGUUGGAGUGGCUGCUGUUCUGUCUCAGCAUUUUCAAACAAUUUCCCCAGAAGUAAAGAACAUCUGUAUUGUGCUCAGUGGUGGAAAUGUAGAUUUAACUUCCAUAACUUGGAUGAAGCAGGCUGAAAGGCCAGCCCCUUAUCAAUCUGUUUCUGUUUAAUUUAUGCAUAAGGAAGAAAUGUGAUUCAGUUUUUCUAGACACUUGGAAAUUUUGUUUCUUAGUCAAUGUUAACUUCCCACUUCUUACCUACUUAAACAGCUUUCAACAUCCUAAUGGAGGGUAGAUAUAUCAAUAAGAUUUAAGGUGGUUUUUUUUUUUUUAUAAAGUAGCAAUAGAAAAAACAUCCACUUAACUGAGACACCUUGUCAAGGCCAAGAAAAAUCUUUUGCAAAAAGGGACAGCAGGCUUGCAGGCUAAAAUAGGUAACACAAACUUUGCCCAAUCACAACCUGUAGGUUCCCAUCCCUAGGGUGCUAAGCUAGUAGCAAGGAGACAGAAUCCCAUUGUAUCCAUCACUGCAUGUCCAUUUCUGGCACUGUUGAAAUCUCACUUUUCACCCAAGGUACUGGUUCUGGUACAUAUGGAUCAUAAGUCCAUUUGGGGAAAACUCGUUUAUAGAGGUUCAUCAGUACUGUGUCCUGAGAUUUUAGCUUCCCAUCAAAACUGCACUUCAUAUGGCCAUGAGUACCUAGAAAGAAAACACAGCAAGUUGGUGAGAUUAAAAUAAAAUUUUAGCACAGGCUUCUGCCCUAACAGCCACUUAGUAGCACUGGAGAUAUCUAGCUAAGGUUCCAAACACCACCUUCUCUUACCUAAAGGCUCCUUGAUAUGUCCCCUGCGGCCCCACUUUGUUCUCAAUUCCACCGGUUUAAACCACAGCACGUCCUCUUAGAAUGAAACAGACAGAAGACCAAGAUACAUUUACCUGCAAAAUGUACACCCAACCUUCACCCCAUAAAGGCAAUCAGAUCCCACCCUUCACACCUACCUCUGCUGAAGAACAUGUAACGUACUACUGCCAUCUUAGUAAAAAUUUUGAAAGGAUGACCACUCAGAACAACUCUCUUGAUGACCAUCCUGUCUGGAUCCACUGACAAGAGAUGGCCGGUAGCAACGAGGCUGUGCAUUCCUAAGGGGCAAAAGCAGAGCAGCAAGAGUCUUUAGGCCA